CGCACGAGCCUUCUUGGUAUACAAAAAGUAGUUCAAUCCGAAGUAUAAGGAGCUCGAUUACUUCGGAGCUAUCGGUUUCACCCGGUUUAGUCAUGGACUCCAAAGCUCCUAACAAGGCCCUCUCCAAGGUCGACUACGACGGCCACAAUCUACCCCCAUCACCCGCGCCCUCGAGUCCGGCUAAUGGCCGACGUCGCUAUGCGUUAGCUACCGAAUUGGUUUAUACCGAGACGAAGGAUCAAUAUGGUGCUUCAAGUAUCCCGAUCUAUCAAUCCGCUACAUUCAAGCAAACAUCCUCCAGCGGUGGUAAUGAGUACGAUUACACCAGGUCGGGUAACCCAACCCGGACGCAUUUAGAACGCCACAUGGCCAAGAUCAUGAAUGCCAACCGAGCCCUUGCGGUUGGUUCCGGCAUGGGUGCCUUAGAUGUUAUUACUAGACUCUUACGGCCUGGGGAUGAAGUGAUCACAGGCGAUGACCUUUAUGGAGGUACCAACCGGCUACUUACAUAUUUAUCAACAAACCAAGGCAUUAUCGUACACCAUGUAGAUACAACAGAAGUCGACAGGGUACGAGAGGUCAUCUCAGACAAGACUGCCAUGGUUCUCCUAGAGACGCCGACCAAUCCCUUAAUUAAGAUUGUCGACAUCCCUUCCAUUGCGAAAUCGGUUCACGAUGCCAACUCGAAGGCCCUUGUCGUUGUCGACAACACCAUGUUAUCCCCUAUGCUCUGCAACCCUCUCGAACUUGGCGCAGACAUUGUCUACGAGUCGGGUACUAAGUAUCUAUCCGGUCACCAUGAUAUUAUGGCGGGCAUAAUCGCAUGUAAUGACAGCUCUCUGGGUGAUAAAAUGUAUUUCACCAUCAACGCGACUGGCUGUGGUCUUGCGCCAAAUGACUCAUUCCUUCUUAUGAGGGGAGUCAAAACGCUAGCAAUUCGCAUGGAGAAACAACAGGCAAACGCACAAGUAAUUGCCGAAUUCUUAGAGUCUCAUGGUUUCCGUGUACGUUACCCUGGUCUGAAAUCUCACCCGCAAUAUGACCUUCACUGGACUAUGGCACGGGGUGCAGGCGGUGUCCUGUCAUUCGAAACCGGUGACAUUACCCUGUCCGAAAGGAUCGUUGAAGCUGCAAAGUUGUUUGGAAUUAGUGUAAGCUUUGGGUGUGUCAACAGCUUAAUCAGCAUGCCGUGCCGUAUGAGCCACGCCAGUAUAGAUGCAAAGACAAGGGAGGAGCGGCAGAUGCCCGAAGAUAUCAUUCGACUCUGUGUUGGCAUCGAAGAUGUCAAUGACCUUAUCGACGACCUCUCGCGUGCACUCGUACAAGCCGGCGCCGUGACAAUCACACUUGACGGUGUAGGAAAUGCGGCACAAGCCGUAGGCACAAAUUCGAGCAACGAUACGUCGACAGAGACUACAUUAUCUUGAGAUCCUGCAGACGUCCUCCGUGUUUCGGGGUGAAAUACAGGUCGCUGCGUAACACCACAGAAAAAAACCAUGUUCCAUCAGAAUAGGAAAGAUUCCAUUAAUUAGCUAUUGCUCCACCCAAGCAUUUUACAUUGGACACGGUGAUACGCUUGCCCCCUGUGCAGGCGACUUCGUCCCAAGUACAUGUACAACAACUCAAAUCUUGGCCAUGAGUCAAUGGAUGCUUCAACGCUUCGCAGAGAAUCUAGGCUCAUAUUUAGCACAUUGGUCACGUCUAAUUGGGGAGGAAGGAUACAUACUCAAUAUCAGGCUGCUGAGUCACUUCCGUAAAAGGAAGUUCCGUGCGCGUGGUCUCCU